AUGUUCAUUCUUACAAAACUCUCGGACCUAAUACGCCUUCCGCCGCAUACCUUCAACGUACCCAUCCACCAGGCACUUACCAAUGAAAUACACAAAAAGUACAGCAACAAAAUCAUCCACAACGUCGGACUUGCCAUAAGUAUAUGGGACAUCGAAGACAUCAAAGAAGGGCUCCUCAGGCCUGGAGAUGGUGGGUCGCACGUCGAGAUCACCUUCCGCAUGAUCGUGUGGAAGCCAUUCAUCGGUGAGUUGUUGGAAGGGGUUGUGACUGAUUGUAACGUGGAAGGAAUCAAAGUGAAACUUGAUUUUUUCGAUGAAAUCUUUAUACGCAAAGAGAUGCUAUUCGAAAACUGUGAGUUCAAAGGCGUGGAAAGAGCAUGGUGUUGGAAACCCGAUGACGAGAAUGAGUUGUUCAUAGAUCUCAACGAACGGAUCCGGUUUCGGGUUGAAGAGGAAGCUUUUUACAAUAUCAAGCCUCGAACCGAUAAUUCUACUACAAGAGAUCCUGAAGAGGAUGAGGCCCAGAAGACCAAUCGGACUCCUCCGUAUGCCAUUUACGCGUCGUGCCAAGCGGCCGGUACGGGAUGUGUAUCGUGGUGGGACUAG